AUGCCUCAUCCCGGGCCAUAUUGGCACUUGAUGAAGCGCCACGUCUUAGCAUUGGCUUGCCAAGCCUACACUCUCACUAACCAAUUACCUCACAAAUUCAGACCGGCUUACAAUCUCUCGAAUGGCAGUGAGAAGGUGAGGAAUUGCCUCUACCAGUUCGAGCGCUUUGGGGUCGGUGAAAGGAUCAACUUCAGCCAGGCGGCGUGGCCCAAAGAGCCACGCCGCAGGACUGCGUGCCCGAGCCACGGCUUCUCCGACAUUGGUUGCUAUGGCGCCAAGAUCCAGACUCCUAAUAUCGAUCGCUUGGCCUCCGAGGGCAUACGUAUGCUCAACCACCAUGCCGCCGCAGCCUGCUCGCCCACACGGGCCAUGCUCCUCAGCGGAACCGACGCCCACCUUGGUGGCCUGGGAGUCUUGAUCGAGUACAAGAGGAGUGAAAGCGGAGCUAAACGCUUUGGUGGCAAGGCCGGCUACGAGGGCUACCUCAACAACGAUGUUGCAACUAUACCAGAGGUUUUACAAGACAAUGGCUACUUUACUGCCAUGUCAGGCAAGGAGAGAUUCCCAGUCGGCGGUCGCCCAGUUCACGCGGAAGAGGGAAAAAAGGUUGAUAUAUACAAGGGGAUGUAUGAUGAUGGCCCAUACGCCCUACGAGAACGCCGACUGAAGAAGCUCGUCGAACUGGGCAUCAUUGACGAAUCUGUGGUACCGCACAAAGUCGAAACUGAGACAAUGGGUGUUGGAGAGUGGGAUGAGCUCACACCAGAAGAAAAGAAGCAAUCUAGCAGAGCUAUGGAGGCAUAUGCCGGCAUGGUGGACUCUAUCGACGUCAAUGUCGGAAAGAUAGUCGAGUAUCUAAAGGAAACGGGAGAGUACGAUAACACAUUUAUUGUGUUUAUGAGCGACAAUGGAGCUGAAGGUGCCGCCAUGGAAGCUGUUCCAUCACCCGCGCCAUUCACCAAUAUUACGAUAACUCGUACGACAACAUUGGAUCUUGGAACUCCUUCACUUGGCUCAUUGAACCGCUCCUUUUCCACGGUCAUGGACUUUGCACCUACCUUUCUCGAACUGGCUGGAGUAUCCGUACCCCCAGCCUCUGAGAAGACUGUGUCUACAGAGUUAGGGAAAGGCUCCGCCACCGCCAAGCGCAGCAUGACCACCUUCAGGGGUAAGGAUGUACACGCGAUGCGAGGCAAGUCCUGGAUCCCACACUUUGCUAGAGGAAAGAAGGUCGAGGAUGAAGAGAAAGGAGAUUGGAAGAUUGUACACUUUGACAAGACAGAGGGCGGCGCAGGAGAAGGUGACGAGGGCUGGGAGCUGUUCAAUAUUGCUGAAGAUCCAGGAGAGACAACAGAUCUGGCCAAGAAUGAGCCAGAGAAGCUAAAAGAACUCCUAGCGCACUGGGACGAGUAUGUGGUUGAGUGCGGUAUUGUAUGGGGAGAAGUGGCUUCAUCUUCGGGUGUCAGCAAAGAUGAGGCCCCGCAGCUAUGGGAGGACGAAGUAGAGCUGCAGAAGGCAUGGAUGGGUGCCAGAGGAGGUGAUUGUCCAGUCGACUGCAAAUGGAUGCGUAAUGAUGGAAAGUAG